GGGCACCACCUCGUCGUUGUUCAGAUACAACUCGAACGUGACUUUGAUACUUUGACGUUACUGCAACUGCAAAACAGUUAUCUUCGAUUGAUAUUUAUACAUAUUUGACAUCAUGAGAGUUACCCACAGCCCGAUUCGCGAUGAUGGAUAUUCGACUGACAAUUCGGAUUCGUCUUCUGCCGAUUCAGACAUCUCGAUCGCCGAGCCGGACUUUGGCAUCUUGUUUGACGUGGACGGGGUGUUGGCUCGAGGCAGCGCCGCCCUCGCACCUGCAGUCAAGGCCAUUGACAAGUUGAAGGACGCCGAUGGACAGCUGCGCGUGCCAUGCGCGUUCGUCACAAACGCUUGCAAUAGGACCCAUGAUAAGGCGAAGCAGAUCGCAGGAUGGUUCAACUUAGAAGUGUCAUGUGACCAGGUGAUUCACGCGCCGACUCCCGUGAAGCUGUUGCGCCAAUUCCACGAUCAGCACGUGCUGGUGAUUGGCCAGGAACACAGGCUGGAGAUUGCCAAAGAUCUUGGCUUCUCAAACCUGUGCACGCUGGAUGAUGUGAAGGAGGCCUAUCCCUUGUUGGACAUGGUUGACCACGAAAACAGAAAGGUCGUUGCCAGGGGCUACAAGGAAAACAACGACUUUCCCAAAAUCGAAGCCGUUCUGCUGUUGGCCGAGCCCACGCAUUGGGAGGCAAACCUCCAACUGUUGAUGGACCUGCUGUUGACGGAGGGUAAACCCACCAAGGCCCCCGCAGACCCUAAACGUGUGCCCCAACUUCCGGUGAUUGCGUGCAACAUGGACCUUCAAUUCAUGGCGGAAGCCUGCAUUCCCAGGUUCGGACACGGAGCUUUCCUUGUUUGUCUUGAAGCUUUAUACAGAAAGAUCACCGGGAAGGAUUUGGAGUAUUCAACCCUGGUAGGCAAGCCGUGCGAGAUCACGUACAGGUUCGCCGAACACACUAUCAGCAAAGUAGCCAAGACCAUGGGCAUAAGGAAACCUAUCAAACGCCUCUAUUUCAUUGGCGACAACCCUAACGUUGAUAUCUACGGUGCCAACCUGUACGACCGCUACCUUCAGAAGGUGUGGAACAACAAGAAGAACGGCAACGAUGUGACAACGCAACAAGGGCUUCCUUCCUCUCGGCACAUUCCGUCAAACGCCGACCUGCACGAACAGACGGUCGAGAGAUGCCACAGUUUACUCGUUGGAACCGGUGUAUACCAGCACAAGCCGGAAGUGACUGAGAAGGACGACGACGACAACGAGAAGACGUACCACGGUCACCGCGACAUCAACAACGAACCUCAUCUGUCUCAGCCCUCCAAGUUUGUUCAAGAUGUCGAUGUCGGUAUCCAGCACAUACUGGAGGUUGAAAACUGCAUAACGGCAUGAUGUGAACAUUGUUACGACAUUAAUCCGGAAGGAAGAUUCUGAUUGUGAACGUAAAACUUCGGAAAUCUCGCCGACCUCCAGCCAGCCAUUCCACAUCCUGGAAGCACAGUUUGUGAGGGACUCUGUCACGGCGCCCGUAUAUACACGGAAAGAAAUCAUAUGCAAAUUGCCUCCAGGCUACACUGUGAUAAGAGAUUAGUGCUGCUGCGAAAGAAGCUGACCGAUGUUUAUGGACUUUGUAGAUGUUAUUGUUGCCUAGUCUUUGCCAUGACGUGCUCGUCACCAGGUCAUGUUCUCGCACAUUCACGGAGUGAAGACGAGACUGUGACGCGACCUGUGGACUGUCUCAGUCUGAGGAAAACUGAUAUCGGAGGUCGCUGUGCGACAUCUGACUGUCAAUACGACAAUCCAUACUGGAUACCGGUUAUCACGUGACUUAUUUAAGCGUGCAUCAGUGUAUAAAAGUGUUGUAGAUGUCAGUGGGUGCGGAAGUGUAUUGUUGUACACUGUUUUCGUCAAUGGGUAAAUGUGAGAAUAUGUCCGUACUAAUUUCGCGGUUCAGAUAAUUACGAAUGGUUUGUGUUGUAGUUAUGGGAGUAAAUGUGUCGACUGUUGUCAAAUAUGAACGCAAAUACCUUUGUCAUAGGGCAGUGUACAUAUCGAUGGUGAUUAUAUUUUGUACAACCUUUUCUUACAUGAAUAAAUACACGUCACUUA